UUUCACUCAGACUUAAAACGGGUCAUCUCUCUCAGACGCAGAGACGCUCCUUAGUCCUCUCGUCUCUCGCAGUCUAUAUGGAGCAGCUUCUUAGUGAAUAGGUACUCGUCCCUCGUCCACACCGAAUUUCUAGACCCAAUUCGACGCCCCCACUGAAUUUCUCCUAGUUAAGAUUAACUCUGAUCCUAAUAUUUUUGGCAUUCGAUCUGGCUAGGCUUUAUAAUUUGAUGGAUCUAGAGGAUAGCAUUUUAGAUUUCUCAGAUGAAGAGGAGAGCUUCGAGGAUGAUGAUGUUAAAAUGAAUGAUAUUGAGGAAGGAGAAUUGGUUGAGAGGAUUUCUAAGACUGGAUUAGAGGAAAGUGGUGAUGCAUGUGCUAGUUCGAAUAAUCCUGUUUCAGGCAAUAAAAAUCAGAGACGCAAGAAAAACAAGAGGAAGAACAAGCGUAAGAGAGGUUUUUCAGGUCCAAAGGUCACAGAUAUUAACAGAUUUGUAUUGGAUGUCUGUAAACGCUUGAGAGAACGGAAAUCUUAUCUCAUAUGGACUGCGGUUGGUUGCCUUGGAGUAUCUGCUUUGAGUGAUCUUGUCAAAGAGGUGGAUGCAAUUCAGAAUUGUGGUGGCCAGAAGACUGCUGAUGGCAGGCGUUUCCGAACAGGCGGUGGGAUAUUAUGGAGCAUCCUUAAAGUGCGAGAUCCAAAUGCAUACAAAGAGAUAAUGAAGAAAGGGCAGGAGUUUGAGAAGCAAUUUAAGCAGGCUAAGCUCAAGCAAGAACCACUCCCAAAUAAUGAAGCUUCUUUUGAGAGAUCUAGCCAGAGCACUAUGGGAGACAAGACUAUAGCUAAUUCUAACGAUGUUUUGCUGCAACAAGGUCCUGUUGAGCAGUCAAAUAGUGGAGCCAAACGUACAUCUGUUCAUGACAGAAUAAGGGUGCCCAUCACGUAUGAUGAUAUAUUUGAAGGAAUUGAUGAAGGAAGGGAAUCAAGGGAUCCAUUGGCUUAAGACCUUUUGAAAAUAGCUCAUAUGAUAUUGUGGAAUGAGGCGGUCUGAAAUAUAACUCAAUGCGAGUUGCAUAUGACUAUCAGCUUAGACUAGGGGACUGAAAUGAAUCAACUUGAUUUUUGAUAAAGCCUUGUAUGGCGUUUCAAGUUGAAUUCACUUAUGAACUCCUAGAUCCCGUGGAACUGUUCCCUUUCAUUUUGUUCAUUCUUAAUCAGAGUAAAUACAUAUCUUUGCUGUGGCCCGAAAUUGUUCCAAGUCAAAUUAAAAUUUCGAAAUUUCCUUGAAGAAUGGAAAGAAGUCGUUGCUUGCUAA